AUGUCUACAAGAAGAACAUCAUCUGUGGGGUCUGCAUCAAAUCAUAAAGACUGGAGGCUUGAUUGUAAAGUUUAUGUUGGAGAUUUAGGAUAUGGUGCAGCAAAGCAGGAAUUAGAAGAUGCCUUUUCCAAACAUGGCCAGUUGAAAAAUGUAUGGAUAGCUAGACGUCCACCGGGAUUUGCCUUUAUUGAAUUUGUUGAUCCAUUAGAUGCUGAAGAUGCCACUAGAGCUUUAGAUGGAACGAGAAUGAAUGGAAGAAAGGUUAGAGUUGAGAUGUCAUCAGGAAAGUCUAGAUGGGGCAGUGGAGGUCCUCCAAAAAGAGGAUCAUAUUAUGGUGGUGGAAGAGACGAACCAUACCACCGACCACGUAGGGGAAGAUCCAGGUAA